AUGGUAGAUAUGAAAUUUAGCCGUACUGUGCUGAACCAUUUAUUUAUCCCUAUACAUUCAUAUCUAGCAUCCGGACUGUACUUUUUAGCUGAAUUUGUCGAAGAAAACACAGUCUUGUCAAAAAAGAUUAUUGGAUAUGCAAUAUGGUUUUACCGUCCUAAACUCCAAGCUAUUUCUGAUAAAAUGUCUUGUUUUCAUCUCUACUCGCAGAUUUCCGUUGGAUCACAUAUGAUGUUAUUGAUGGAUGGAUUUCCAUGGACAGGAGUCGUAUUUUCGCUUGUAUGUCACGCAUGGUAUAGCACAAUGCUUCCCAGUUUUCCAGCAAUAGAAGCCACAAGUGUCAAGUUCAUUAUUAGUUGUUUGUUGGCGGUUGCUGAUCACUUUGUCUGGUUUUUUUAUUUUUCUUCAAGGCACUACAGUAUAUCUGAAAUCGGCAGUUUUUUUGCGAUAUUGGUCUGGAUGGUUCCAUUUUUAUUCUUCAUCUCUCUUAGUGCAAACGAUUAUACACUUCCAGCAUUUGAUACAAAAUCAAUAUCGCCUCAUAAUGUAGAUGAAUCCACCAAGAAAAAAAAUAACAAUUUUAUCAAGUCUAUUGCAAAGUGGAUAUCGGGUGUUAAAGAGACAGUCGCCCCGUCUAAUGUUCAUAAGAGCCACUAG